AUCCAUCCCGGUUUGCCCAGCUUUUCAACAUGGCUGCCCAGGCUAGCGAGAAGCUGCAGAAGCUCGACCGUAAGUCACUGAACGACUCCCGUUGCUGAUCUCCGAACCCUCCUCUGCCAUUCGUUCGCAGUAAGCUGAUAAGAUUUCCCCGCUCGCUCUCUAGUCAACGGUCAAAGCGGCGACGCGAAGGCGGACGCCCCUGCCGCUGGUCAAGCACAAGCCGGAGAGGCGGAGGACGACUCCGACGAUGAUGAAGUAGAGGAUGGAAAUGCUGCCGGCGAGGGUGCAGCCAGCGGAGGUGCGCUUUCUCUCCACAAAUACCAACCCCUCGGGCCAAUUCCAGAGUUCUCCCCGCACUGACCAAAUCCGCGGAUGUGCAGCCGCCAAGAAAAAGAAGAAGCGCAAGUCCAAGAAGAAGAAGAAGGGAGGCGCCAAGGUCCAGUCCUCUCCUCCGCGCGUUCCCCUGUCGACUCUGUUCGCCGGCAAGGAAUAUCCCGAGGGUGAGAUCGUCGAGUACCAGAAUGAGAAUUCGUACCGCACCACCAACGAGGAGAAGCGCUACCUCGACCGCAUGAAGAAUGACUUCCUGCAGGAGUACCGUCAGGCCGCUGAGGUGCACCGUCAGGUUCGUCAGUAUGCGCAGAAGACCAUCAAGCCCGGCCAGACCCUCACGGAGAUUGCGGAGGGCAUUGAAGAAUCCGUCCGCGCCUUGACCGGUCACCAGGGACUUGAGGAAGGUGAUAACCUCAAGGGUGGUAUGGGUUUCCCCUGUGGUCUCAGUAUUAACCACUGCGCUGCCCACUACACCCCCAACGCUGGCAACAAGAUGGUGUUGCAGCAGGGUGAUGUCAUGAAGGUCGAUUUCGGUGCCCACAUCAACGGCCGUAUCGUCGACAGUGCUUUCACCGUGGCCUUUGACCCGGUGUAUGACCCUCUCUUGGCCGCCGUUAAGGAUGCUACCAACACUGGUAUCCGCGAAGCGGGUAUCGACGUCCGCAUGAGCGACAUCGGUGCCGCCGUCCAGGAAGCCAUGGAGAGUUACGAAGUUGAAAUCAACGGGACCAUGUAUCCCGUCAAGUGUAUCCGGAACCUCAACGGUCACAACAUUGACCAGCACAUCAUCCACGGUGGCAAGAGUGUUCCCAUUGUCAAGGGUGGCGACCAGACCAAGAUGGAGGAGGGCGAAGUGUUUGCCAUUGAGACCUUCGGUAGUACCGGAAAGGGUUACGUGAGAGAGGAUAUGGAAACCUCUCACUACGCUCUGAUCCCUGAUCACAGUCAGGUUCCUCUGCGUCUCUCUUCGGCGAAGAACUUGUUGAACGUCAUCAACAAGAACUUCGGUACUCUUCCCUUCUGUCGCCGUUACCUUGACCGGUUGGGCCAGGAUAAGUACCUCCUUGGGUUGAACAACCUGGUCUCGUCCGGAAUUGUCCAGGACUACCCGCCUCUUUGCGAUAUCAAGGGCUCCUACACUGCCCAGUAUGAACAUACGAUUGUCCUUCGACCCAAUGUAAAGGAAGUCAUCAGUCGCGGCGACGACUACUAGGUUGAACUAUCUUUGGUCGAGGGUUUAGGGAUUGUACCACUCCAAUUAGCCUUAUUUGAAACGAACCAAGUAUAUGAAAUGCAUGUUAACUAUUGACCAAUGAUGCCGAUGAUUAUGUAUAACUUUUCACCGAGUAAUAAAAAGCGUAGAUGGAAUCGGA